AAUUACCUGUUUACAUAUGUUAUAUACUAUUGGCUGUUUCGUUAAAAGUACAGCAUUUAAUUUUGAAUUGUAAUGGGAAGUUUUAACGUAGAAUGUGAUGUUUGUAUCCCUGACUCACAUACAGUUUGGACUAUUUAUUAAGUUGAAAGUUUACUCAAAAUGACUAUUCGUCAUUGCACGUUUUAUUUUGAAAGAUUUGACCAGAAGGUUUUUUUUUUUUACUUUUCCGGCUAGCCUCUUUCUUUUACCAAGUUUGCUAAGCGCUUACUUUUAGGGGGCCAUAACCAACACGUCAAGCGUUAAUUGAUGACUGUGGAACCUUUUGGAUGUGAAUCCUGACCUAAAUCCGUCCGAGAGAACCGGAAACCCGCAGCAAAGAAGCCUGGACAUCACAGUAACGCCACUUCCUGUUUAGGAAGUGUGGAGUCAAUUAAACCUUUAGGUAAACUUUUGCUUUAGCUAAUCGGCGGAUUAUUCUGCAAGAUGCUACGAACCGAGAACUUUAAAAUGAUCUUCCAGGCUUUCAAAGAGGUGGUUCCUGUCCUCACGAGCGGGAUUCUAACCGUGGCGCUUUUAUCGUGCGUUUCGUUCGGCAUCCAGACAUAUUUGGAGCUCCCUCGGGGGCUUUUGAGCGUCGGGGCCCCGGUGUUUCAGGACGGACACCUCCACCGGCUCUUCACGUACCCCUUUCACCACAAAACCCCCGCCCAGCUGCUCCUUAAUGUCGCAGCCCUGGUGAUCCUCAGCGGCAGUCUGGAGCGAGGCGUCGGCACCGUGCGCUUCCUGUUCCUCUUCUUCCUGCUGUCCUCCACCACAGGCGUCCUGUACAGCGUCCUGGAUCUCAUGCGAAGUGGCGACAGUCAGAGUCCCGCCGAGGGCUUGGUCCCCGUGACCCUGGCAUGCGUGGCUCUGACCACCAUGCGCACUAAAAUGACCAAAGGAUUUAUGUGUGGAAUCAGUUUCCCCACAAUGGCUCUCCCCUGGGUGCUCCUCCUCAUCACCACGGCUCUCGUUCCGCACAGUGUCCUCCCCUGUAACAUCACCGGCAUCCUGGUCGGGUGGAUGUACGGGAAAGGGUGGCUGUCUCUUCUGAACAUGUCGGAGGUCAGGGCCGGCGCCCUGGAGAAGACGGUGCCUUUUAGGCUGUUGAGGAGCAUCAGAGGGGUGAAGUUUGUACCUGCCUCCAUGGAGGAGAGGAGGAAGACGCUCCUUCCUCAGAUUACUCCGACUCCUGGGUCUUACCCGGUCCAGGCUUACGCGCCGUUUCCCAACGUCAGCACGGCCAAUUCCAACGUCGAUAUUUACGAGGGCUGGCCCAAUUCAACCGGUGCUCGGUCCGCCACCACGCCGCCUCUCAAUCCACACGGACAUGGCCCUGCACGCAGCUUUGGGCUAAGUCAAGGACAUUCUUCAGAGCAAAAAUUCGGGCAAAGUUGCAACCACAGCCAUAGUGAUGGCCAUAGUGACGGCCAUGGCCACAGCCAUAGUGACAGCCAUGGUCACAGUCAUAGUCAUGGUCACUAUGGACAUAGUCACAGUUAAUUAUAAUCAUGAUUAUUCAUAAGGUUGCUUUAGAAUGCAUUUAGCAUUUUUCACAGAUAAACCCACAUGUCUUUUCUUUGGGAGCGUUGUCUAAAAUGGGAAAAGCAUGGACUCAUUCUUAAGCAGACUUGUUAGUGAGCCUUUAAAGCAUUUGUGCGGUGUCUUCCUGGCUGUAUAUUUGAAGGACAUUUAUCCAAGGGUCUAGAUGUUCCGAGUGGAUUCUGUAUAUACGUUAAGACAUACUCUUUUUCUACAAAUAAACUAUGGUGUGCUCGACAUAAAUUGUCUCUAGAAAAAAAAACAUUCCAAGAAAAAUGCAGGAUUGGGAGCAUUUAUUUUGCAUAUGAGGAACUCUCAAUAGUGAAAAAAACAUGAGCUAUGGCUUUACAUCACUCUC